CUGAGAGGCUGGCAAACACAGAGGCAGACAGGCAGGACACAAGUCAACAGCUCUCCUCAAGAACAGGGGACUACGGCAUGGGCAAGGAGUUGGCACACGCCACUGGUUCACACUCCAUCUGUCUGAAGCCACAAUUGAUGGAAUGGAGGGACCUUCCCUUGGUGAGAUGCCACCUGUAGAGCUGUAGACCUGUAGUUCCAUGAUGCCUCUGUGACCGACAGACUGACCUCGUCGUCUUAGACAUGUUUAGGUCUCUUCCGAAGAAUUUAUGUCACAGUUCACAGAUCUGCAUAUUCUGGACAGUACCGGUGCCCAAAUCUAAAUUGUGAUGAAAGUUUGGGGUUCGGCUGGAUCAGGAUAAACACAGAGGGGCCAAUGCACAGGACUUCAAUCUAUUACCUGUCAGCUGUGGAACAAGAGUAGCAACAAAAAAUAUUUUUCUUCAUCUGCUUCAAGCUUCUCGUGAGAGGAGAGCCAUGCAGGACAGCUUGCUCCUCGCGUGACACAUCGAACUCCAGCCAUGAUAUCCACAGCAUUCAAAUGGGUGGUGCUCGUGGCGUUCAUCGUGCUGAUCAUCGGCGGUAACGUGCUGGUGUGCCUGGCCGUUGGCACGAGCCGCCGGCUCCACCGGAUCGCUAACUGCUUUGUGGUGUCGCUGGCAGUGUCCGAUCUGCUGCUGGGCCUGUUGGUGCUCCCCUUGUCAGCCACACAGGAGCUGCGCGAUGGCCUUUGGCCACUGGGGGGCAGACUCUGCAACAUCUACAUCUCCAUGGAUAUAAUGUUGUGCGAGGCGUCCAUCCUUACCCUGCUUGCCAUCAGCGUGGACCGCUACUUGGCCAUCACGGGCCCGCUGUGCUACCCAAGGCGGGUCACCCCGAGGCGGGUGGCCGCCGCCAUCGUAGCCAUCUGGGCAAGCUCGCUGGCUGUAUCCUUUAUGCCUAUUCACCUGGGCUGGAACACACAGAACUUUACCGUCCAGCACGCGGACUGGCUAAUGCAUGAGGAGAAGGAGAAAUGGAGCUGCCGCUAUGAGUGGAAUAACAGCUACGUCAUCCUGGACUCCUUUGGCACGUUUUACCUCCCCCUGUUGGUCAUGUGUGGGAUGUACCAUCGGAUCUUCUGUGUGGCUCGUGAACAGGUGCAGCGCAUCCGUGCAGCCACGCCCUCCUUUGCCCGCUCGGCCUCGGCCGCUGCGACGGCUCGCGAGCACAAGGCCACGGUGACCUUGGCGGCCGUGCUGGGGGCCUUCGUCAUCUGCUGGGUCCCCUACUUCACCUACUUCACCUGCAUGGGCAUGCGGGCCGAGCCCAACCCGCCCGAGAUCAUCCACUCGGUGGUGCUGUGGAUGGGCUACUUCAACUCGGCGCUCAACCCCAUCCUCUACCCGGCUCUCAACCGUGACUUCCGCCGGGCCUACGGCCAGCUGCUGCGCUGCAAGGGGGCCAGUCACCGGCCCUCCGCCACCUCCAUGUGCGUGGCCCUGCAGAAACGAACUUCCACCUCCAACGGACACCAAAUUGUCCACGACAAGGGCAAGUCGCUGCAGGACAGCUAUCUCAAUAUCCAAGAGGGAAACAGAAACGGUUUAACUGACCAGACAAGGUCUUAAACUAACCUUCUCCCUGACGUCUACCUGGUGACAGGUGAGACACACAGAAAUAUACCAAAGAUUACCUCUGGGGGGACAGAGAGUGAGCGAGAGUGAGGGAGAAAAGGACGGGACAGGCCCAACCAGUCAGGGCUGCUUCAGACGGCUAAUGAGGAGAGUCGCCGGUGACCAGAGGACGUCUGGCUAAAUCUGAAUUUCUUCUUCUUCCUAUCGGGUCCAAAGGGCAAAAGCUGUGUUCUUUCCCAGUCAUGGUGUGGGGAAGGGUUGCUACAUAAUGGGAGUCAGACAUUGUCUCUAAAUAUGUCCUGUCACUUUAGUUACUUUGUGAACUGCUUCUGUAAGAUGUGAGAUAUUUUUAUGUUUGUAUUUGAUGAUGAUACACACUCAUGCCAUAACAGAUAUUGUAUUAAGGGUAUUUAAGUGCAAUUCAUUUUCUAAUUGAUUUUGUCUUUCCCAUCCCCCUUGCCAUGAUUCAGUGAGUGACAUAUGACAUAUUAGA